CCAAUGGGUGCCAGGCAAGGGCACGCCGACGCCCCACCCUCUGGAGCUCCCCGCGGUCCCACAGCAUCCUCUGGCCGACGUCUUGAAGGCUCCGACUUGGGCGGACGGAGCCUCGUGCGCAGGCGCGGAGUUAGACCUCGCCGUAGCCCCCAUCGCCUCGGGGACUCUUCAUCCACAGUGGGUCCGCUGGCCCAUAGGGGCGCUUUCCCUCCUCUACCCUCCCGGGUUCCCCGCGCGCCCUACGCGCCCCAAUGGCGGAGCUGAGGCCUAGCGUCGCCCCCGGCCCCGCCGCGCCCCCGGCCUCUGGCCCUAGUGCCCCCCCGGCCUUUGCUUCACUCUUUCCCCCGGGACUCCACGCCAUCUACGGAGAGUGCCGCCGCCUCUACCCUGACCAGCCGAACCCGCUCCAGGUUACCGCUAUCGUCAAGUACUGGUUGGGUGGUCCAGACCCCUUGGAUUAUGUAAGCAUGUACAGGAAUAUGGGGAGUCCUUCUGCCAACAUCCCUGAGCACUGGCACUACAUCAGCUUUGGCCUGAGUGAUCUCUACGGUGACAACAGAGUCCACGAGUUUACAGGAACAGACGGACCAAGUGGAUUUGGCUUUGAAUUGACAUUUCGUCUGAAGAGAGAAACUGGGGAGUCUGCCCCACCAACAUGGCCAGCAGAGCUGAUGCAGGGCCUAGCCCGAUAUGUCUUCCAGUCAGAGAAUACCUUCUGUAGUGGGGACCACGUGUCUUGGCACAGCCCUUUGGAUAACAGUGAGUCAAGAAUUCAGCACAUGCUGCUGACGGAGGACCCACAGAUGCAGCCUGUGCAGACACCCUUUGGGGUAGUUACUUUCCUCCAGAUUGUUGGUGUCUGCACUGAGGAGUUACACUCAGCCCAGCAGUGGAAUGGGCAGGGCAUCCUGGAGCUGCUGCGGACAGUGCCCAUUGCUGGCGGUCCCUGGCUGAUAACUGACAUGCGGAGGGGAGAAACCAUAUUCGAGAUCGAUCCACACCUGCAAGAGAGAGUUGACAAAGGCAUCGAGACAGACGGUUCUAACCUGAGCGGUGUCAGUGCCAAGUGUGCCUGGGAUGACCUCAGCCGGCCUCCGGAGGACGAUGAGGAUAGCCGGAGCAUCUGCCUCGGCACGCAGCCUCGAAGGCUGUCUGGCAAAGACACAGAGCAGAUCCGGGAGACCCUGAGGCGAGGACUGGAGAUUAACAGCAAACCUGUCCUUCCACCAAUCAAUUCUCAAAGGCAGAAUGGCCUCACCUACGACCGAGCCCCGAGCCGUAAGGACAGCUUGGGCAGUGACAUCUCCACGGCUGUUAUCCCCCACGAGCUGAUCCGCACACGGCAGCUCGAAAGCGUGCAUCUGAAAUUUAACCAGGAGUCGGGAGCCCUCAUCCCCCUCUGCCUAAGGGGCAGACUCCUGCAUGGCCGGCACUUCACCUACAAGAGUAUCACAGGUGACAUGGCCAUCACGUUUGUGUCCACCGGAGUGGAAGGCGCCUUUGCCACUGAGGAACAUCCUUACGCAGCUCACGGACCCUGGUUACAAAUUCUGUUGACAGAAGAGUUUGUAGAGAAAAUGUUGGAGGACUUAGAAGAUCUAACUUCUCCAGAGGAAUUUAAACUUCCCAAAGAGUACAGCUGGCCUGAAAAGAAGCUCAAAGUGUCCAUCCUCCCCGACGUGGUGUUCGACAGUCCGCUGCACUAGCCUGAGCUAGGCCCUGCAGGGGCCAAGAGGAGCCCAGCUGCUCCUAGUGACUUCCAGUGUGGCAGCUUGUAAAGGAGACACCCAUGAAUAAAAGGGCAAAUGUGAGGGAUGACUGCAAAGUACCACACCCAUCACAGGCCCCGCCCACCUCGGGCUCAGCGGGGCCUCACUCCUAGCAACCAAGCCCAUGUGACCAGGCCCCUGUCCUACGUGUCAGUGAGUGAGUAAGGGUGCACCUGCAGACCCUCCCCACACACCCGCUGAUGCCCCAGGUUUCACUGAUGCGCUCCUGGGAUAAGACAUCAUACAGCCUGGUGUGCAGAAUGCACAUGAGGACACUGCCUGAUCAGCCCCAGUGAGCUUCUCAGGCUGCUCCACCCUGCGGAACCGUUGCUUUUUCUUUCCUGAGAAUGUUGUGGAAACCGGAUGGUAUUUUUAUUGCUCAGCAAAGAUGGUUCAGAAGCCAUGUAUAUAGUGAUUUUUAAACAGGACUUAUUUCUAGAUGAACUUUAUUGUUCUCUUAGACAAGGGUUUGGGGGCUCUGCCCCCCCCAUCCCACAUACCCUCUUCCUAAAAAGAUGCUUGGUGCUGCCUGUCUGCUCUGGACCCUGGAGAAGGCUGGGGACAGCUGACAUACUCCAUGUAGACCUGGGUAUAGAUUUGCUGUGGCCUGGAAGGUGUGCCACUGCCUUCCAAGUGAAGUAGGCUUCUACAAGACUCUGGGGACUUGAGGGACUCAAGGACAUGGUGGCCCUAGCUAUGUCUUCCAGUCUUUCUUACCCAGCCAGGCCUCCCAAGAAGAGGGUAAAGCCCACUGCCUCCCCAUCCUGCUCAGGGCCCCCAGCGCUUUGAUCCCCCCUUCCCUUGAGUCCCAGCGCCCACGCUGUCUAGCUUAUGUCCUUUCAUUUUGCUGACACUGCUCCCUGUGGCCCUUCAUCUUUCCCACAUCCAUUCUGUACCUGUCUUCUAUCACUGUCUCUUCCUGCAGCCUGGCCCUCUUGUGGGUUCCCUGCUCUCACUCCCAGGACUGCAGAUCUGCUUGCCUUCCAGGGACAUUUGGGAGCUGUGUAGGAGAGAUCUCCCUCUUCUGAACUGGAACUGGCAAGCCCCUUCCAGCAUUCUUGCCUGCCUCUAGAUCAGGGUGGAUGGGGAUGGUCUUCGUUCAUUCUUUAAAUUCAAAUGUCUCCAAGGAAAGAUAUGUUAUCUGCCAGGGGCCCUGCAGGAGCUCCCCUGCUCUGGCUGCCUCUACCCACCACCUACAACGGGUGCCUCUAGGGGCCUUGUGAAUCCUGUCUGGGGUCUCAAAGAAGCAGAAAUUGGCCUUUGAAGGAAUGGCUCCAUCUGGCCUCAUCUGCAUAUCCUAGGUCUAAGCUUAACCAGCACUUAGAGGCAGACCCAUCAGGAGCAUCUGAGAGAGGCUGGCUGCAGACCCUAACCAGCCAAUCAAUAUAGAUGCCUGUCUGGAACAGACACCAUACCGCCCUGGGACUUUUCCACAAGGACAUUUCAAACCCUACCUUUAAAGCUCUUGUCUUCUGAAAGUUUAUGGGCCAAGAAAUGCUAUCAGCACAGCCUAUGUUCCUUGCCAUCACCAGUGUGGUAAUAGUACUCCCUCCCUAAUUCUCUCCGGAGACCUGCCUCAGGGCCCCUUCUGCAUUCUCCCCUAUCUCCAUUUGUCUGGCUUUGGGGCAAGAAUGCAUGCUAUGAGCAUCACGUAGUUUAUGUUAGUACUGUGGUCAACAACUUGCCCUUAUUCUGUGAGAUCUUUGCAGACAGGUGGUUGCCACCACCUGCUUGGGUGGCUCCAUACUUGGGGAGCAGGGACUGGCAGGUAGGCUCCAGAUGUCCAUAGGUCCUGAGGUCUUUCCUCCCCCUGCCCUGUCAGGCACCUCAGGAAUGUCUAAAAUCCUGCUGGGUCCAGACCCCCAUCACUCCUGUAGUGGCUGAUCUCAGCCUGGUCUGACCAGGUCUCCUUUCCCUCGGGCUCUGGUUUCUUCCAGAGGAAUCUCAGGGAAAGAGGUUCACCAUUAAACUGCUGGCUGGGAAGAGACCCUAACAUCGGAUUAAGCAAGACUGGCCUUACCAAGACAUGUGAUGGGUGCUCUGUAGAGGGACCCUUUCUUUCCCUCCCCGAACCAGCUCUUUGGGGUUGUUAAUCCGUCAUGGGGAGGGGUUCAGGAGUCUUCCUCCCUGACUCUACAUUUCCCCACCCUUCAACCUUCCAAGUCCACAGGACCAGAGAUUCUGAAAGGAAGGGACUUCAACUUCCUGUAACUCAAGCUUCCGGGGCCUGUGUGGACUGCAGAGGGUGGCUGUGCCAGCUGCCGUGCUAAGGAAGCACGGUACUCCUUUUCCAAGUGAGACACUCCAACAGGGCUUGUAGAAGCUGUGGGAGUGAGUCUAAAGGGCGAGGGCAUGUACACUGCAGACCCUGGGUCCUGGGACUGAGUCUUGAGAUUGAUAGCAGGGAGAGAACAUGAAGCUUGGUGCCCCUAUGGGGCAGAUCAGAAAACUCCCUGAACUGUAUUUUUUUAACCUGGUCUUCCCUCUCUGGCUUCCAUGAUGUUGGUGCCAGGUGAGGUGUCUGGGUCCCUGUUACAAGUCAGGAACCCUGUUGGGAGACCCGCUUUUGUACAAAGAUCUGAAUGCUGCAAUGAACAGACUUUUGUACAUUUUUAUAUCAGUUUUUAAUGUCAGUGGCGACUCAGUUCCUGGGGCUACAGCUGGCUCAGGAUUUUUGUAAGAAAUUUUGAGUGACUCACUUAGAUUUUGUUCCCACUUGUCCCUCUUCCUCUGUGUAAUCUAAGUGCAUUAAACAUAUCUGCAGGAG